UUUGCGAUGAAUGAGCUGGGCUGAGACCUGACUGACUGACUGACUGACUGCAGAGCGGGUUGCUGUUCGAUUCUGUCGAAUUAGUACCGACCGAGCGGUGGAGAAGCAAGAACGUUGAACGGGCGCGAAAACCGGAUUCGGAAAGUGCAGUAUCGAAAAAGCGCGUCCCGACGAUUAACGAUUCUAAACAACGCGCAAUCUGAUCAAGGAUAACUCUAUAGUUGAAGCACAACAACCUUCCGAGGUGGAAGACCUGCACCGUCCAGCUUGUCGGGAACUGUACAUUGCGUAAAACCGGCAACAAACGACACAAUACACUGACAAGUUUGAUGGCUUUUGUGGAAGAAGGAGAACAUAGUCAAUCCUAGCUCGCAACAUUCUAGCUUAAGACGUUGAUCGAAGCGGAUUUCAUUUGAUACAGUCAAUAUGACUGCGGAAAUCAUGCACGGAGUGAAGAAGGAUGACGACAUAAAACCGGAAGAUGACUCCCAUAUGCAAUGCGGUUCCCGAAUGUCGCGGUUUGUCCAAGUGUACUGGAAAACAUUGUUUGUACUGUUUGUUCCAACGAUAGCUGCUUUGUUGUUUCUUGUUGAGAACACACCAGCCUACCGAUGUCUCUACGUGGUGAUAGUGAUGGCCUUGCUUUGGGUAACGGAAGCUCUCCCUCUGCCCAUCACUUCCAUGAUUCCUAUUGUAGUGUUUCCUUUGAUGGGAAUUCUCAGCACCUCCGAGACCUGUAUGGUUUAUAUGAUGGAACCUGUUAUAAUGUUCAUUGGUGGAAUUUCUCUCGCUCUGGCAAUUGAGUACUGCAAUCUACAUAAAAGAUUAGCGCUUACAGUGAUUGCCGUGAUUGGAUGCAGCCAGCGGAGGUUACAUUUAGGAUUGACUAUUGUUACCAUGUUCCUGUCGAUGUGGAUUUCCAACACGGCUGCCGUGGCCAUGAUGUGUCCGAUCGUACUGGCCGUACUGCAAGAGCUAGAAUCUCAAGGACUCUGUAAAAUGUAUGAAGCUUCUGAUAGUAUCGAAGAUGCUGAUGGUGCUGCACUGAAUGACACAUCCAAAGAAGAACGGAAAAAGCCAUCAAACAUUACAUUGUGCUAUUUCUUAGGGACGGCCUACGCUUCCAACAUUGGAGGAUGUGGCACCAUCGUUGGAUCCGGAACGAAUCUAACCUUCAAGGGUCUGUAUGAAGGUCGGUUUCCCAAUGCACCGGGAAUCGAUUUUCCCACCUUCAUGUUCUUCAACGUGCCGCUUAUGUUGAUAAAUGUGGCCCUCGUGUGGAUCUAUCAGCAGUGGUACUUUAUGGGAAUGUUCAGACCGAACAGCCAACAAGCGAAGCAGUCCGAAAUUGGCAAUGAAGGAGCAGUCGUGGCCAAGCGAGUGAUAGAAAGUCGCCUCAAGGAGAUGGGACCAAUGACGUCGCAUGAGAAAAGUGUCGCUGCCUUGUUUGUACUGUCGAUCGUGCUAUUCUUCACCCGCAAACCAGGAUUCGUAAGCGGAUGGUCAGAUCUCUUCCCGGGAGUGGCAAUUAAGGAUGGAACGCCGGCAAUACUGAUUGUCAUAUUGCUAUUUAUAGUGCCGGCUGAUUGGCGGUGGUUGAAUUUCUUCAAGAAGAACCCAGGUGCCCUCCCUAAAGAACCAACCUCGGCGCUCAUCACGUGGAAGUACCUGAACCAGAAGGUACACUGGAGCCUCAUAUUCCUUCUCGGGGGUGGAUUCGCCCUAGCCGAAGGUGGAAAGGUUUCCGGUAUGUCAGCUCUCUUAGGAAAGUCGCUGUCCGGUCUGCAGAGUCUUCCACCCUUGGCAUUGCUGCUCGUUGUUUGUCUGGCAGCCCAAGCAUUCACCGAAUUCACAUCAAAUGUUGCUAUUUGCAAUAUUUUAAUUCCGGUCUUAGCCGAAAUGGCAAUCGUAAUCAAAACUCAUCCACUGUACCUGAUGCUUCCGGCGGCGAUGUCUUGCAGUUUUGCUUUCCAUAUGCCAGUAGGAACUCCCCCGAAUGCCAUCGUAGCCGGAGUUGGACGCAUUGCCACCAAAGAUAUGGCAUUGGCCGGGAUCGGGCCAACACUUAUCACCUUGGUAGUAAUGUGGCUUGGGUUCCCUACGUGGGGAUCUGUCGUGUACCCGGAGAUCAAUACCUUCCCGAGCUGGGCUGUGCAGGAUGCAGUCAACGCUUCCGUUCAUUGAUGUGGAUACAAGUGCAACUAUGUUUAAGUUGUUAUCAAGAAGAUUAUUUUG